AUGCUCCCCACCUUGCCCCACCCCCUCUUUCCCCUCACCCGCCGUCCUCCUCUAAACACCCAUGCGUUUCCACUCGUCACUCCAAUGAAUCUCCUUACUCCCUCCCUCUCUCCCUCCAACCGCGUUCCUUUUCCGCUCCUGGUUCCAAACAAGCCGCUGCAGCUGCCGCCCAAAAUGCUGCCUCUGCCGCCCCGGGAGCCAUCCACAGCAGAUGGUGCUGACAUCAGCGGCCUGUCUGUUCUGGAUCUCUGCCGGGUGAACUACGCCAUGGACCUCCUAUCAGAUGCUGCCACGUGGCAGCCAGUCACAGUCACCACACACACCAGCAUCUCAAAGACACUCUUCCUCCUCGACUCAUACGCCCCUGCCUGCUACCCCUCUGCUGCCGCCUUCCUCUCACGAGUAACAUACCCUUCCCUUCUCCAACACGCCCUCCCCCCUUUCCCCACCCUCCUCCUUUCCCAAUCCUCCUUCCCCCCCCUCCAGUCUGCUGCUAUGGCUGCUGAGACUGUAGAAGCCUGGCUCUUCGUCUCCUUGCUCAACACCUCAGUUCUCCCUCCCGUCCCCCCUUCCCCAUCCGCGUUCCCCUCCGCGCCCCCCUCUCCCGCCUCCAGUCUGCUGCAAUGGCAUGUUGGGACUCUAGAAGCCUCGCCACGUCGCGCCAUGUGGCGAGCGUCUAUUGGAUGGCAGCGGCCGGCGCACCAGCAGCAGCGCCUAUGGACGCGCUUGUCCUUUUCCUCGCAGACGAGCUGCUGGUGCCAGCCAUCAGGGGGAGGCUUGCAUCUGGUGCAGGGCGCACCUGGCUCAGGUUCAGGUGGUGCCAAAGAGGGAGCAACAGCAGGUGCAGCAAGAGCAGCAGCGGCGCUGGAUGCUCUGAGGAAUAGCAGUGGGUCGACCGGACAGAGUCACUCGGCUCUUGAAUACGUGCUCUCGUGCACCUCUCAACCCAACCGUUCCUCCCAUCCUUCGUUUCCCAACUCACCCAUGCGCUCUCACCCACCUGUCCUCUCCCUUCCUCACAGUGUAUGGGAGCUGGUCAAAGAGCUGACUGGUGGAUCAAACAGCCCAGCUCAUGUGCUUCAGAAUCGCUCCCUACCGUUCAAAGAGGCCCACAUCUCUGCGCUCAUCAGCUGCUUGCAGCACUUCUCCCCAGACUCACUCUCACAACAGCGCUCUGGCUUUAAGAAUGCUCCCACUCUCACUGCCCGUAGCUUGCCUGACGCGGACAGCCAAGGAGGCAUGGGGCAGGCAUCGCUGUGGGAUCAUUUGAAUAGCCUCAAAUUGGCACUGGCCAAGGAGUUGAGUGCCAAGAUCAUGUUCCUCUGA